AUGGCCACACCACCGCUGCCUGCGCCGGGCGAAGAGGUGUUUUGUAUCUGCCGGAAACCGGACUCGGGCGAGCUGAUGGUCGGGUGCGACGGGUGCGACGACUGGUUCCACUUUGCGUGCUUGGCGAUCCCGGAGAAGUACCACGAACUGGUGUUCUCGUUCUACUGCCCGCGCUGCCAGGCCGGCGAGACGGGCCCCGCGGCGGAGGGCGGCGACGAGCGCGCGCGCGCGCUGCCGCGGACGAUGUGGCGGCGCAAGUGCCGGGUGGGCGACUGUUUCAAGCCCGUCGCGGCGACCAGCCAGUACUGCGGCGAGGACCACGCGCGCGCGUACUGGCGCGCGCUCGUGGAGCGCACCGACGAGCCCGCCCGCGACCACCUCCGCCACAUGCUCCAGGAGCCCGACGUGGCCCACUUCCAGCGCCUGGGACAGGGCCCGCCGCGGUCGCCGCCGCCGGGCAGCGAGGCGGUGUUGGCGGGCGACGGCCUGCUUCAGGAGCUGGCAGCGCAGCUGCACGGGCUGCGCACGCGCGACCGCCCGCUACUGGACGCGCACUCGACCCGGCUCGCCGCGUAUGGCGAGUGGGUCCGCGCCGCCAACCAGCACUUGUUUAGCGGCGGCGACGGCGGCGACGACCGCGGCGACAAGACCGCGAGCGCGCGCGCUCGCCCCAAGCGCAAGCGCCCCGCCAAACCGCAGGCGCUGUGCGGCUACCGCGCGGACCUCGAGCCGCCCUGCGCGCCCGAGCGCUUCGCGGUCGAGUUCCAGGCGGCCCCGGCCGACGAGGUCCGGGGCGUGUGCGCUCGUCUCCGGUGCGCGCGACACCUCGACUGGGCCGGCAUCCAGCACAGCGCGCUGCAGUUCCAGCGCGAGACGCUCGACUCCUCCGAGCACCGGCUCGCGCUGCUGCUCGAGCUGCGGCGCGACCAGCUGCGGCUGCAAUUGUACAAGAAACUGGGCCAGGACGCCCGCGCGGACACUCAGCCAGUGCAUUGA